UGCAUCUCCCGGCUGACACCCCAACCUAGCCGGGCAGGUGAUAAGGGCGGUUAUAAGGCGAAGUGCCGGUGCGGGGAAUUCUUAGCUACGAAAUAUCCUCUCGCGCCGCCGCUGAGCUCAUAAGCCCCGGCCGUAUUUACAUUGACCACCCUCCUGAACGACAUCGAAAGCAGAGCCCAUCUUCCCAAACAUCGCUUCCUCAACGAUGUCGAGUCCUCGAGUCGCCAUCGUCACCGGCGGCGCUUCCGGGCUUGGUCUCGCCGUUGCCGAAACCCUCUGCCGCAGGGAUUGGCGAGUGCAUAUUUUCGAUAUUAACGAGGCCGGCGGGAGUGCGGCGGCGGCCCGUCUAACCAGAUGUGUCUUCCACGAGGUAGAUGUCACCGCCUGGCAUUCGCUGUCAUCCGCGUUCGAUGCCGUCUUUGCAGCCGAGAGCCAGCUCGACUUCGUCUUUGCGAAUGCCGGUGUCAUGGAAAGGGGGAACUUCUUCGAGAGACGCGACUUCUCCUCGCCGCCACCCGAGCCGGACGAGCUUAGCAUCGAUGCCAAUCUCAAGGGCGUGGUCAAGACGAGCUACCUGGCGCAGCACUACUUUAGGGCCAACACGCAUGAUGACCGAGAUUGUGUGCUAGUCAUGACAUCCAGUAUCGCUGGCAUAUACCCUCAAGCUAUCACGCCUCUCUACGCCGCAUCCAAGGCCGGGAUACUCAAUUUCAUGCGCUCGGUUGCCCCGAUAUUCCACGAGCAGGAUAAGAUCCGGACGUACGCUAUCUGUCCGGGAUCUGUGCGAACGAAUCUCCUAGCUAAGGAAUUAUGGGAUGCUUAUCCCCAGCAAUACUUAACCUCGAUGGAGAAGGUACUGUCCAUCGUCGAGUCGCUAGCCGAGGGAGCCCGGUUUGAAGACUCUAAGGGUAAGAGAUUUGACAAGUCGGUUGUCGGCCUCGCUAUCGAAAUCUUCGUUGAUGGUGUGUAUUUCCGGGAACCACCAGACCCUUGUAACGAAGACAUGAGCAAUAUGGCGUCCCCGAUCCAUCCCGGAAGCGUAAUGGUAGCCUAGCUCCUAUCCGCCCCCAAGCGGCCUGCAUAUGCAGUUAAUAUGCAUGUGUAUAUCACCUCGAUCUACCUAUGCUGCCCGCUAUUCUCGGGCUGGAGGAUUCCUUUCGGUCAAAACAUUACUUGUUACGGUCUUCUCGGGUUCAGCUCCCACUGCUCGUACCCAGUCUAGCUACCUAAAGAGGUUACACCCGGAUCCUCUUGGCUAUUCACGAAUUCCCGACACAAUAUCUCGUCCGAAUAGGGCCAGGUCAGCUGGCGGGAUCGACUCGCGGUGUUUCCUAGGUCGUGCUGCUUCUAGAAG